CAUAAAUUCUUUUUAAAAUAAAGGUCUUCCUUUUCGUUUUCAUCCCUGAUCCACCUUUUCUUUCAUUUUGUCUUUCUUCGACUUUUUGAUAUCAUCAUUGCAUUUUCCUUAUAGAAACAGAGAGGAACUACAACCAAGACAUUCAAUAACCAUGAGUAAAAACGCUGAAAAUAAACAGAAAACGCCUUUAGUUACCCAUUUGGUUGCCGGUGGUGCUGCUGGCUUUAUGGAGGCAUGUACUUGCCAUCCUCUCGACACAAUCAAAGUCAGAAUGCAGCUAGCCAAGAACACAGCUAGGAGCGCAACUGGUAAACCCUUGGGCUUUCUCGGGGUAGGUGCAAAGAUUAUUCGUCAUGAGUCAUUCUGGGCUUUAUACAAAGGUCUAGGCGCUGUCGUAUCUGGUAUUGUUCCCAAGAUGGCUAUCAGAUUCAGCUCGUUUGAAUUGUAUAAGCAAUGGAUGGCUGACAACACUGGAAAAGUGAGCACUACUGCUGUAUUUUUAGCCGGUCUCGCUGCUGGUACUACAGAAGCUGUUUUAGUGGUAUCUCCUAUGGACCUUAUCAAAAUCCGUCUACAGGCUCAAAGGCACUCCAUGGCUGAUCCUUUGGAUAUACCUAAAUAUCGUAAUGCUCCUCACGCUGCUUAUACUAUCGUCCGUGAAGAAGGUGUUCGAGCCUUAUACAAGGGUGUUACACUCACUGCUUUGAGACAAGCUACCAACCAAGCCGCUAAUUUCACUGCUUACCAAGAAUUCAAAAAGAUGGCAAAGAGAUACCAAAAUUUGGAAGAGCUACCUUCUUAUCAACAUUUAAUUCUCGGCGGUGUUUCCGGCGCUAUGGGCCCUCUUUCAAAUGCACCCAUCGACACUAUCAAGACCCGUAUUCAAAAGUCCAAUGCUACGGGAUCUGGAUGGGAAAGAUUCAAAACAGUAACCUCAGAAAUCAUGACGAAAGAAGGGCCCCGAGCAUUUUAUAAGGGUUUGACACCGAGAUUGUUAAGAGUAGCACCAGGUCAAGCCGUUACAUUCAUGGUUUAUGAAAAAGUGAAAUCUUGGCUUGAUGUUUUUCAUGAAAAGAUGAAGGAAGGAGAUGUCACAGUACCGCUUUCUUCAACUACUAUAAAGAAAUAAGCUACCCCUGAUCCACGACAGUUGUAUAAAUACUCUCUACAAUGCAUACUAUAAGAGGUGGAUACCAUUUUAUAGACAACGUAUCCCUCUCUGUCCCUCUUCCGCGUGUACAUUUUCCAAUUCUUAUAUUGUGUUUCUUUAUGGCCCUUAUACACGUAUGAUAUGUGGUAACCAUAAUAAAAGGAAUUUGAACAGUAUAGCAGUAAUGCCACUUUUUUGUUUAAAAGGUUUUUUUAAUUUCGAG